AUGGACACAUGUACAUUUUCAUAUAUAGCAAAAAAGGAUUUUUCACCCAAGACAGCUACUGGUAUUGAACGCACAUGGAUCGAUUUGAAAAUUGAAUGUAAUCGACAUGGACAAGGUUUGGCAGGAGCUAAAUAUUACAAAACAAUAAGUUUUCAAGGACCAGAAUUAUUUGCUGUUCAGUUAGAUCAGUCUGUAUGGUAUCAUGAUCAAAAUAAAUGGCAUCGAUAUCAAACAGCAUCGAACGUAAAAUACGACAAGAUUCAGUCAUCAGAUUUAAAUCCAACUAGAGCAAUGGAUGACUUGACAAUUAGUGAUGAUGACGACGAACAACCUUUCUCAGUAGAGGAAGGACACAAUUCAUCAAAUAACAAUUCUAGAACACAUUCAGAAUCUUCUCAACGAUGA